AUGGCGGCCGGUAUCGUGGCUGGCCAGUUCACCAGCCGCGGCCAGCAGGGUCGUACACGCGAGAAAGGCGUCCAUGCAUUCUAUUCGGGUUCCACGAUGCUUCGAUGCUUGAUGUGGCACUGCCGCCCUGGAUCGUCGGCUGCUGCACGUAAUGGUCUGGGCAUGGAAUGGAUGAGUGGCAGGUUGUUCAUCCCGGAAGGCCGACGGGAGGUUCGGGAACGGCCCAAUGGCUGCUGCCGAGUGGUUGGGUACAUAAUCAUGGUAGAGGUGAGUACGGUUACCUCCGAGAAGAAUGGACAAAAAUAG